AUGGGGGUCACGACCAGAGCCUUACUUGACAGUGGAUCUCAGGGGUCUUUAAUUAGUACAGAUUUAGUGGGUAGGUUGGGCAUAUGUUUAGAUCCGUGCAGCGAACGGAUCAUGGGUGUUGGAGGUAUUGAAACAACCUCAACUAUAAUCGGUCGGUCUUCGGUGACAUUUUCUCCGAUAAAUAAAAGAUUUCCUAAAAUUACUACUCCUGUUUUGUGUAUGCAAACGGUUAUAGGAAAAUUACCUACGGUGACCUUGGAUGAUUCGGUGAAAGACCUAGCCACCGGCUUAAGUUUAGCAGAUCCCCACUUCCACCAGUCAUCGCCAGUGGAACUGCUGCUCGGUUCGGAUGUUUUAGGAUCUCUUAUGGGAGGAGAUAAAAUAAUUUUAAAUUCUAUCGGUCUUACGGCUUAUAACACUAUUUUCGGUUAUGUUCUACUUGGUCCUGUAGAACUCACUAAACAAUCUGAGUUGAUUGAUGAUUCGGAAGUCGUUGGUAUUUCGGUUUCGGACACUCUUCAAAGGUUCUGGGAGGUUGAGGAACCUCCAGAAACAUCCUCUCGGUCUGCUCCACUUGAUCUAGAGUGUGAACAGUUUUAUAAAGAUAAUACGUAUCGGUUGGAAAAUGGUCGGUUUGUCACGAAGUUGCCAUUUUUACCUAACAGACCCUUGUUAGGUGACUCGAAAACUAUUGCGGAAAAAAGAUUUUUGGCUUUGGAACGGAAACUUAUGAAAAAUUCGGUCUUACGAGAGAAGUAUAUUAAUUUUAUGCGUGAAUAUUUGGAUCUCGGUCACAUGUCGGUUUCGGAUUUUGAUUUUAAAGGCGGACAAGAAUAUUUUGUUAUACCACAUCAUGCGGUUUUUAAGGAUUCAGACGAAAAUGCGAAAGUACGCGUUGUUUUUGACGGUAGUUGCGUCACAAAUUCGGGGGUUUCUUUAAACCAGUGUUUACAUUCGGGCCCUAAAUUACAAAGGGAUAUUUCGGAGAUUUUGAUGAACUUCAGACGCCAUCGAGUUGUCUUUGUGACGGAUAUUAGGAUGAUGUUUCGGCAGACGCUUAUUGAUAAAUUGGACAGAAGGUACCAGCUCAUAUUUUGGAGAGAGUCUCCAGAUGAGCCCCUUCUUACCUAUGAACUUGGAACCAACACAUACGGGUUAAAAUCUAGUCCUUACAUUGCGAUUCGGACGCUUUUAGAGUUGGCUGAUCGAGAACGUGAUCGGUAUCCUCGGGCGGCUUCGGUUUUAGAGAACGACAUUUAUGUCGAUGAUAUUCUGUCGGGAUGCAGCUCACAAUCGGAAGCUCUUGAACUGCAACAAGAGUUAAUUCGGCUCAUGCAAUCAGGGGGAUAUGAAUUACGGAAAUGGAUCUCGAACGAUCCUGUUUUACUUCGGGACUUGCCUGACGAUCAUCAACAGGUGCCUCAUCUGUUUGAUAACCCAGACAUGCAAAGUUUAACUUCGGUUUUGGGGGUACAAUACAAUCCUGUAGAGGAUGUUUUUUCUUUUCGGACGGAUUUAACUCAUGGACCUUCGGUUACUAAACGGAAAAUACUGUCGACAAUUGCUCGCAUGUAUGAUCCAAGCGGGUGGAUCACUCCUGUUUUAUUUCGGGCUAAAUGUUUUUUGCAACGUCUGUGGCUUUCGGGUUUUACUUGGGAUGAACCUAUUACUGGGGAUUUAGAAAGAGAUUGGAUUAAUUUUAAAAUUGACCUCGCUCGGAUUGAAGAUGUUCGGAUUUCGCGAUGUAUGCUCCCACCAGCGGUAAAAAAUAUUACUAUGCACGGUUUUUCAGAUGCAUCGGAGGCUGGUUACGCAGCUGUUGUAUAUUUACGCGCCGUGGAUGACACAGAUAAUGUUUCGGUUCAUUUAGUAAUGGCCAAAAGUAAGGUCGCCCCAAUCAGAACACGUCUGACGAUUCCUAAAUUGGAGUUGUGCGGAGCCGUGCUUCUACUUAAGCUUCUGCAUCAUGUUUGCCUUUGUUUGCAAAGGACCAUCGAUGUUCACGAGGUAUUUGGUUGGACUGAUAGUUCUAUAGUUUUAGCUUGGCUUAAAACUCCACCUCAUACUCUUCAAGUAUUCGAGGCUAAUCGAGUUUCACAGAUACAAAAUUCUACAGUGCCAAUCACGUGGCGACAUAUUCCGGGCGAAUUGAACCCUGCCGACUGUGCUUCACGGGGCCUAACAGCUUCGGGUCUGGUAUCUCAUCCAUUGUGGUGGGGUCCGCGAUGGCUAACUUAUUCGGAAUCGGUUUGGCCUGCAUCAAAGGCUAAUCAGGUAUCACCUGCGGAUUUACCUGGGAUUCGGUGUUCGGUUGCUACAAAUUCAGAAUCACUCCCAGAUUUCGGUUUCCUCGUGGAGCGUUAUAGCUCCUUAGAUCGGCUUAUUUCGGUUACCGCGUGGAUUCGGAGAUUCAUUUUUAAUUGCCGUCGGAAUAAUAAUCGGAAUACUACGCCUUAUUUAACAACACAGGAUAGGAAGCACGCGUUGCUAAUGUGGAUCUCUCUAGUGCAGAGGGAUAGUUUCGGUGCAGAGAUUGAGAAAGUUCGGAAAGGCCAAACCUUGAAGGGGCAUUUGAGACGUCUCAACCCCUUCAUUGACUCGGACGGACUCCUUCGUGUUGGAGGACGCCUUCAACAUUCGGACUUACCUUAUGAAGCCAGACAUCCAUUGUUGCUUCCUAAAUCGGGACAUUUUAUUGAUCUGUUAAUUUCGGAUUCGCAUUUGAAAAAUUCACAUGUAGGCCCAAACGCUCUUUUAGCCAUAUUACAACGGGACUAUUGGAUUCUCUCGGCCAGAAGAGCGGUAAGAAAAAUCACAUUCAAAUGCAUUUCGUGCUACAAAUUAAAGGGACUCACAACCCAACCCUUGAUGGGAGAUCUGCCUAAAGACCGCGUUUUAGCGGCUAGACCCUUUCAAGGCGUGGGAACCGACUUCGCAGGUCCAUUUUAUGUAAAGUCUCAUAAGUUGCGGAAUCCAAAGGUCACCAAGGCCUAUUUGUGCGUAUUUGUAUGCCUGGCCACUAAGUCCGUCCAUUUAGAAUUAGUUUCGGAUUUGUCUUCGGAGGCCUUCAUCGCCUGUCUCUCUCGCAUGACCUCGCGACGCGGUUUUCCAGCGAUCAUUAGGUCAGAUUGUGGGUCAAAUUAUAAGAGCAGUGACAGAUAUUUAAAGGAAGUUUUCCAAUUUUUGGAACAAAAUCGAUCACAAAUCGGUCAUGAUUUAGCUCGGCGCGGUAUAACCUGGCUCUUCGAUCCUCCCGCGUGCCCGUCGUGGGGCGGUUUAUUUGAGGCGGCCGUAAAGUCGGCCAAGACGCAUUUAAAACGUACUAUUGGGGAAACAACUUUGACCUUCGAGGAACUUAGUACGGUUUUCUGCAAAAUCGAAGCAGUCUUGAAUUCACGGCCUUUGUGCCCUCUGUCUUCGGACCCAAAUGACCUAGAGGUUCUGACCCCAGGUCAUUUUCUUAUCGGACAACCGCUAACAGCGCUUCCAGAGUACCCCUUUCAGGAUGAAAAGACGUAUAAAUUAUCUCGCUUUCAGUUGCUACAGCAACUAUCUCAAAGAAUUUGGCAUCGGUGGCAUUUGGAAUAUCUUCACACCCUACAACAGCGAUUGAAGUGGACUGACCCAGCUGUCCCACCUAAAGUUGGGGAUUUAGUUUUACUAAAAGAGGACAAUGCGCCACCUCUUCAAUGGCGCCGCGGUCGGAUAGUAGCGUUGUAUCCUGGGAAGGACGGCGUGGUCAGGCUCGCAGAUGUACGGGUAGCGAAGGGUACAGUUUUGCAACGGGCAAUCUCCAAAUUGUCUCGUUUGCCCUUAGAUUAG